UAUAAAAACGUCAAGUCAUUACAAAAAAAUACAAUAACUAUAAUAAUAUAAAUAUAUAUAUAUAUAAUAUAUAUCUCAAAGCUAUAGCAAAAGAUGAUGCAGACAUUUCGUGAACCGCAAAGCACUACUAAUGCACCCAACGCCACCUCUGUGAAUUCAUUCCCUCUCACCCAGGCUGCUGUGUCCGGGAAUUCCCUCUACCCAUCCCAACAGAACUCCCCCAGACUAGUGGUGGAAGACUGCCGGGGACAGCCGCCCCCAAACCACACCCAGCAGCACCCUUCCCAAAUCGCCCCCCUCUCCCACUCCCCCCACCCCAGCCAAGCCUCUCUCCUCCAGGGCUACGCCUCCCCUCGCCGCCCGCCUCUGGAUUACCCGAGUGGCCUGGCCUACCGGAAGGAGAUGGCUGACUAUUACUAUCUCUCCGGGGGGAAGGAGGCUCAGCGAAGGGGGGUCCCUUUCCCUUACUCUUCCUCUCACUCUCAUUCCCCCUCUUCUACUUCCUCCUCCUCCUCCUCCUCGUCUUCUUCUUCACAGUCCUCGGCGGCUGCCGCCGGUAAUCUGGACGGGAGCCGGCCUUACACCCACCCGCACCCCCAGCGACAUCCGGGGCUCUACCAGCCGGAGAAUUUUGCCGGAGCGAAUUCCGCGGUCGCCUCGGCUGCCUACUCGCCUCAUUAUGGGAUGCCCGCCCAGCAGCAGCAGCAGGUCUACUCUCAGCCUCUCCAGCAGUCCUCUGCAGCCUUGCCGGCUGGGGUCCUAGUGCACCAGAGAGGACGGUUCCAGCAGCAGCAGCAGCAGCAGCGUUUGAGCCAGUUUGGCCACUACCCGCACUCCCCAGUUCUUCAGUCCACUGGUUUGGCUGGUCCCAGUCCCGCUGCCAGCUCCUACAACCCAUCCCAGCCUCAGAGGUACGCCGGGGGGCCCCAGCAGCAGCCGGCGAGCGGCUUCGAUGCCUACGGGAAAAUGAAACCUGGGGUUUAUGAGAACAGCCCGCAGCAGGUGCCUUGUUACCCGGCCGGCUAUGGGUACCGUUUCCAGGCCAGUCAGCAGCAGCAGCAGCAGCUGAGCAAAGCGUACGAGCAAGCGAAGGGCGGCCACAGCGCCUCGCUUUAUCCGGGGGGGUGCGGGAAACUCGGGAACCCCCCCCCAGCGCUGCCUUUCCCUUCCCAAGAAGCGGCCUCGAAGUCCCCCGUAGUGACACAGCAGCAGUUCCACCAGAACUUCAGCCCCAUCUCGAACCCUUCCCCUCCAGCCGCCCCACCCUCCUCCUCCUCCGUGGCGCCGUCCCCCACCUGCAGCUCCACCCCCUCCCCCUUAAUGGGGGCCCCCGACUCUGGAGGCGGGACCUCCCAGAGGAACAGCCGUCUCUUGCUGCAGAAGUCCCAAGUCAGCCCGAACCACGGUUCCCCUGGUCAGCAGCAGCAGCUACAGCUGUUGCAACAUCUGCCUUAUAAGGCUUCCCCUUUGGACCGGCUCCGGCAGGACAAGCCGAGCUUGGACCCGGGCUGGAGCAGUUUGAACGCCCUCAGCUCCCAGGUGGCCAACAUCCCGAACACUGUGCAGCACAUGCUGCUGUCGGACGCUUUGCUGUCGCACCACAAAAGGAAGGAGCUUCCUCCCCAACCCCAACCCCACCACAGUGUCUCCUUAUCAGGGGCCAGCCCCGGCAGUGCCAGCGCUGGGAGGAACAGGGCGAGGAAGGCUGGAGAAGCUGUGGGGGGUGGAGGAGGAGGAGGAGGAGCGGGAGGGAGGUCACCUGUUCGUCCCGAGUCCCGUUCGGGCGACCUUCUCCAGUCCCCAGCCCCCGGUUCUCUGGAGAGUCCCGGAGAGGAGGACCCCGCCCUGAGCGCUGCCGAGAGGGCUCAGCGGCUCAGCGGGCAGAGCAACGGCUCCGAAACGGACCCCUGCCAUCCCGGCGCCGGCCCCCCCAGACAAGCCCCCCCCCCCCUCCUCCUCCUCUUCCUCCUCCUCGCUCUUCUUUAUCCUCCCCUAGUUCUUCCUGUUCUGGAGGUGUGGAAAGCCGCAGAGGAGGAAAGGGGACUGGGGCGACAUCGCCGGCGGGACCCCCCCAAAACGAGGGGUGCAAAAGCCAACCAAACCCCAGAACGGUGGUUUUGUCGGCCGGGCAAGCAGCUUCGUCGUCGGCUGACUUUUCCUGUGGCGCCGCUGGGCAAGAGACGGCAGUGGUGCCUCCUCUCCCUCUCCCUCUCCACCCACCUCCUCCUUCCUCUUCCUCCAAGACCCUUCCGUCUCCUGGCCCCCCUUCUGCGGGCGCUCCGAGUUGCCCCCAGCCUCCAAGGACUCGGCAGCAGGAGGCAACUCCUCAAACCGCUGAAAAUAACAGCAAAAGCAGAGAUCGCUGCGACUACUACGACAUUGAUAAUAAGCAGGGCGAAGGACGGAGCCACGAAGCCGAGGAGAAAACCGCGAUGCGGGAGAGGACAGCUGGAGGAGGAGGAGGAGGAGGAGGAGGAGGAGGAGUCAGAAAGCCCGGCUUCGCGUCCUCGUCGUUCGCAGCCGGCCGGGCGGAAACCCGACGACGAUGGCGGCCCCGCCCCCUCGUCGCCGCGCCCCCGUUCCGCGGACACCGGGGGCUCCAUCCGGGUCAUUGUCUCGGCCCGUUCCGAGCAAGCGCCCCAAACCCGAGAGCAGAACCGAACCGGGAGCCAGGAGCAGGACUACCACCCCCGCCACAACGGACAAGGAGCGGCCCACCGCCAGCAUCACGGCCCCGCCCCCUGUCCCGGUUACGCGGACGACCAGCCGGGGCACCGCCAGCACCAUCGUCCCGGGAAAAGCGUUCUGGAAACGCCGGGCCGACAGGAAGAACGCCAGCGACGGCAGAGACCACUGCAGCCUCAGCCUCAGCACUUCCCCAGUUUGCUGCAGGAAGUUUUGCAGGGUUAUCACUUCUUGGACCGGAGGUACAGCCAGCGUCCCGAUCAAGCGGCCGCCCCGCCUAACUGCGCCCCCUCUAGCGCCCGCCCCCCCGGGACGGAACACGUGCCCCCGGGCAAGUACCCCGUCGGGGGAGGCAGAGCGGAGCAGGUUUGGGGUGGGGGAGCGGCUGGGGGCUGGGGUGACAAGAAAGGGGUUUUGUUGCCAGAGCAGCAGGAUUUUCCCCAGCGAAGCGUCGAGCAGACCAGCGCGGCGAAGCACAUCGACCUGGCCGAUUAUUCCCUGAUCAGAAAGCCUUUGGAGCGGGAGAAGGGCGUUGGGAAAGCAACGCGGGAGCCGUCCGCAGUCAAAACUCCACCGUCCGCCUCACCGCGGUACCUGGCCGCUUCCAGCACCGCCCAGCAGCUCCUGAUGCGGGACUCCGGCGAGGGUUCGGGAGAGAGCGAGAGGGACUGGCCCCCCCCGGCGGCCUCCGUCGAGCUCCUCUCCGAACGGCGCUCCGUGAUCUGCGACGUCUCUCCUUCCCGGCGCACCCCGGAACGGGACAGGAGGGACCCCCAGUCCUCUACGGGGGUCCCCCAGACCGUGAUCCACCCACCGGCGCAGGCUACCCUAAAGGAGCCCGUUUCGGACACGGUCUCUCCAAAUCCGGUCGCUUCCAAGGAAAUGGACAGGACCCCAGGAUUAGGAUUAGGAGGAGGAGGAGGAGGAGGAGGGGGGGGGGAAAGGGGUGCAGACCAGCCUUCUCAAAAGCCGCCUUCCCUUCAUCAUUUUCCUCAUCAUCAUUCCCAAAAAGCGUCCGCCUCCCCGAAUUCAGUCCCGGGCACCCCUGAGCACAAAGAUAGCCGGACUGUGCAACACAGAGCCAGGAUGCAGCAGCAGCUCCACAGAGACGAGGCUUUGGGCGCGCUGCCCCCUGGUGGAGGGAGGUUGAACAGCGUCUUGGUUGGCUCUGGUAGCAGUAGCUCCGUUGGGGUCGCUAGUAAUCUACCCUACCCCGCCCCUGCUGGCAGAUACCACCACCCCCACCCCCACCACCACCAGUUUUAUUACCCCAGCCCGGAAGCGUUUGGGUUAGGAGGUGAAUUAAAACACCACAAGAGUCUUACCUCUGCCAGCAGCCCACAGGCACAGCAGCAGGAGCAGUUCCAUCAUCAGCAACAGCAUAGCCUGCAGCACCCCGAGGAGAGGGGCCGGGAGUGGGCGGGGUUUCGUCCUCACCGCGGCAACGCUUCCGGAACGCUCGGCCAGAAAGAGGAGGAGAUGAUGAUGAUGAUGAUGAUGUCGUCGUCGCAGCCGGGUUCCGCAGGGCACGGGAGUUCCGGGAGGGCGGGGCCUCAGCAGCAAAGCGACUUUUACGAUAUGGGGGUCUCCCACCAGCACCUCCACCUCCAGAAUAAGAUUUGGGGUUCCCAGCUGCCCAGCGGCCACCCCAUGGGGGACCCCGAAAUCUUGAAGCCCGGCGUUCGCUCGGCUCCCAAGCGAGCCGUCCCCAAAAACCCCCAGGACGCCGCCCCCCCUCCCCAGUCUUCCCGGGGGUUCACCGAGGAGAUGGCCAGGUCACGCCGGCCCCCGUCGAACGGGGACGAAGGACAGCACCCCAACCCUCUGAUGAUGAGGAGGAGGGUCCGCUCCUUCAUCUCCCCCAUCCCCGCGAAGAGGCAGCACCAGGAAGCCCUGACCUCCCCCUCUCCAGCUGGAGAAGGCGCGGAAGCUCACCGGGCGCCUCAAAUCCCGGACAAUCUACCCCAGAUGGAACCCCCUGCCUCUCGAGAGAAAUCGGGCUGCCCAGACGCCCAGCAGGGGGCUCCCAACUCGGGAAACGGCAUUGGCUUCGUCGAUCCCUGCGGCUCCGCCUCCCAGACCAACGCAGCCCCCUCGCCGGCCGGCAAAACCAAAAUCCUGCCGCCCAGGAAGGGGCGGGGCCUGAAACUGGAGGCCAUCGUGCAGAAGAUCACCUCCCCCAGCGCGAAAAGGGGCGUGGCUCCUCCCGGGGUCGCGACCCACGGCGCGGUGGGGUUGGGAGAGGCGUUCGCCGCAGCUGUUGCCGUGGCCGGCGACUCCAAUCCCUCGGGAGCUGGGAUUUCCGAAAUUUUUGGAUCCUCCUCUGCGGCCGCGACGGGAGGGGAUUGCGAUCCGGCGGGCGUCUUCGGCCCUUCCCUUCUGGACAGGAAGCCAUCGUGUCUUGGCGGGGCGGCCAUCGCCAACGCGGUCCGAACUGCCAACGCGGACGCCGGCCCCUCGCUGGACGAAAUCCUGGCGUUCCGCUGCGGAGAGGAGAGCUUUCCGGGCGCGCCGUACCCCUUCCGGCUCCACGAGGGGGAGGGAGGCGAGCAAGAGGAGGAGGAAGAAUACGAGGAGGAGGAGGACGACGAGGAGUUCGAGAGAGAGACAGAGAAAAGCGGGCGGAGGUUGGGGUCGGAUCUGAUGCCCCUGUUCGCGGCGGCAGCGCCGCCCCUGCCCUCUCCCGCCCUCUCCGAUAUCCGGAGCUUUUCCAGCUGCGGCUACAACGCACCCGAGCCGGCGGGCGAGAGGGACCAAGCAUUCCCGCUGGGGAGGAGACCAGAGGACUUCACCGAACGUCCCCCGUCUCUCUUCGCCUGUUACGGGCUCCCGGGCAACGCGGUAGCCGCGCCUCUGGCGGGGCCAGCAGCUCCCUCCGGCUGCGGCUCUCCUUACCCCCUGGGGGUGAGGGGGGGGGAGGAGGGGAAGGUGGAGGCGGGGGUCUGCGCCCCUCCUUCCCUGGUCCCUAAAGGCUAUUUCCCGUCGGGUAAGAAGAAGGGGCGGCCGGUGGGGAGCGUGAACAAACAGAAGCGAGCGUCGCCCCAACAGCAAGGGCCUGGGGGGACAGGAUCCGCCCAGCAGCAGCAGCAGCAGAACCAGAACCAGAACCUAAGCCAGCCUGUUCCCCAAACCCAGUUGUCGAAUCAAAAACCUGCCCCAGUCCUUGAGGCUGCUCCUCCUCCUCCUCCUCCUCCCUCCACCACCUUCCCUUGCCCAGAUGUCGAUUUUUCCACUGCAGUUCCCCACGCCGACCCGAACCCCAGCGGCGAGUCCUUCACGGCCCCUAACGAGGGCCCCAAGCCGCGCAGACGCCGGCAGAGGAAACCAGCGGGCGGGGAGGAGGCGGAGGAAGAAGAGGGGGAGCAAUCUGGCGUUCGACAGAGGAGGAGGCGAAGGAGGAGGCGCGGCGGUAAAUCCGCGGAGUCGAAACCCCUGGAGGAGGAGGAGGAGCAGGAGCCUGGAGGAGGGGAGCCCCAGAAACGGGGGUCCUUCAUGCCGUAUGUCCACGUCGAGAGGAAGCUGCCGGAAGCGGGGUCCCUCUGCACCGUGGUCAACGAGGAAGAGGAGGCGGAGGUCCAGAAGCGACCGGGCGCUUUCCCUCUGGCUGCCCAACCCGAGGACCAGGAUCUGUCAGCGGUGGUUCUUUCUUCCCAGCAGCCCUCCCCUUCCUCCUCCUCUCCCUCCUCCUCCCCUGGCCUGGGCAAAUCCUUUCCCGCCUCCAGCUACGUCCUGCCGGGGCCCGUGGUGACAGAAUCCCCGGUCCUGGGUCGUCUUCUCUGCUGCCUGUGCGGAAAGUGGGCCAAUUUCAAAAACCUGGGGGACCUAUACGGUCCUUACUACCCGGCCGACUACGCCACUUCGCUCCCCAAAAACCAGCCCCAGUCCUCCAGGCAAGCCCGGCCGGGCACGGGGGCCGGGGGAGUCUCUGUCUCGCCCUCCUGCCUCAAGCAGGAACCGGAAGAAGAGAGCCAGGGUUCGCCGGGGAAGGAGAAAGUACGACACAAAAGCGCGGAGGUGAAGCCGCUGCCCUCCUCUUCCUUGCCGUGCUCCGCGGAAGAGGGAAGAACGAAAGGGGAGGAGGAGGAGAGAGAGGGAGAAGAGAAACAGGAGCCUCCCUUCUUGCCCUCUGCGACGAACCCCGCUGCCGGCGACGGGGAACCUGUUUUCCCCGCUCCCGCUUCGAGUCUCGCGACGGCGGGAGGGAGCGGCCACCGGAAGCCGACAACGCACCCCAGGUUCAAGAGGAGGCACCGUUCGAACGAGGAACCCCUUCCUCUGGCUGGCUCCUCCUCCUCGCGCUCCCAGACCAAGCCGGAGCCCGAAACGGACCCUCUGCCCGCGCCUGCUCCGGCGCCCAUUCCCCAGGUCCCCCUGGACGGAAGGGAGCUGUGGAUCCACGAGGCGUGUGUCGUGUGGGCCAGCGGGGUGUUCCUGGUGUGCGGGAGGCUGUACGGACUGCAGGAGGCGCUAGAGGGAGCGAGAGAGACGCUCUGCUCACACUGUCAGCAGUGCGGCUCCACACUGGGCUGCUACAGCAAAGGAUGCAGCCUGAGAUACCACUACGUGUGUGCCAUAGACACAGAUUGCUCUUUGAAUGAAGACAAUUUCUCAAUGCGCUGUCCCAAGCACAAGCAGGUGAAGUGUGUCCGAGUGAUUUCCUCCGAGCAGUCUGAGCGAGGGUGAGCGAGCGACACGGCCAGCGGACAGGGGCUCCCUCGCACAAGCAUGCAGCGGCCGGCCGUCCCGCGCGCCGCCAUUUCACCAGCGCUGGAAACACACACCCCCCUGUCCUAAAACUCCCAUCUUAUUAUCACGCAGAAAUAUAUUUGUUUUCACGGGGGUGCGAUACACUUGGUGUACACUAGAUGGCGCUAGCUGUUGUUCCUUUAAGAAGAGACUGGCCGAUCUAGCCCGUGUUCCACAGUAUUUGAAUAAUCAAGAUUAUAAGCUGCUGGGGAUUCAUUCAAGUGAACGAAAUGUUAUUUUUUGAAUUUUAAUUUUUAUUUUUAAAGGUUGAAAUGUUGAACGCGAGAAACUACAACGGGGGGGGGGGGGGGGGGGACUUUUUGAAAACCCGAGAGACUCGAACGUUUUGUAUUUUUGUUUGUUUGUUUUUUUUUUUUUUUUUGAAAGAUAAAGAGAGACUCAUCUAUUGAAACUGGAUUAAAAACAAAAAGCAAAACUCAAGUCACACGACAGGACCGGCUUCGCUUCCAUCUUACAUCACUUCCUCCCGACGCGGCGAUGACAUCACAAGAGGAGGAGGAGCUGCUGGUGACCCUUGGAUACGGUUGCCGUGGAAGCAGAAUGUCUCUGGGGAGAGCGGACAGAGGAGAAGAGAGGAGGGAGUUUGCAAUUCAAAAUAGACACUUUGUGUGAGGGAGGGGGGAUCUAUCAAUUUUGGAGGGGGGGGGGAGGACUUUUAAUUAUAUAAAAAUUUAAAAAAUAACUGAAAAAAAAAGAAUAAACUUCAUUUAAUCGAUUAAAAAAAAAAAAAAAAAAACUCUGAAGAAAUUGCUUCUGUCGUUAAAGAGAACGACGGGAACAGAGCCUGCGAUUUAUUAAUUAAAAGGACAGAAAUCCAUGGAAAAUCCAAUGUAAAA